AUGAGGAGCACCACGAGGCGGAAGGUGCUCGAUUCAUAUGAAGACUUCCAGAGGAUCAUAAACGGCACGGUCUAUGACGCUGUCUCGGCUACGGUGGACGAGCGAACAUCAUUGGAGGAGGCGAUCGACUACGCGAACAAUGCGGCCCUGCGUGCCGUAGAACAAUGGUCCUUCCUCUGGGUGCAGAACCUAGGUGUCUUCGACGCAACUAAGGAGGAAGAGCUCGUCAAGUUCGCCAAGAACCAAACACUCCGCGACGGGUGGUGCUCCUUUGCAACGGCAGCCCAGGAGAACGGCGUGAAGCUCAACGUUGUCAGUCUCAACUGGUCGCCUUCAUGGAUCCGGCUCGUCCUGCAGCAUGCGAGCGAGUGCCCUGAGGCCGUCGAAAACAUCGAAACAUACUGUCCUGAGAUACUUCCUGAGAACACCCUCCCGGCUACAGGGCUUGAUCAUGACACACAGCUGUUUUCGGGUGGUGAUAAGACGAGUCUGAUAGAGAGCCUUUUGAGGACUGUGUCCGAUGAGGUACGGAAUGUGGUCUUCGUGUCGGAUGGUGAUGCGGACCUGCAGCCACUGUGGGAAGGACCUACCAAUAUUGGCAUUGUUGCUGGAUUUAACGGGAGCGCGGCAGAGAGCUUUCAGACGUAUGGGGUAGACAUUGCUGAUGCGAGUCUUGGUUGGCGAGGACACACGGGUAUUGGAAGUGGAAACAGUUCUUUUGUCUAUGGAUUUGCGGAUUGGAAAGAUGUUGGGAAGCUUCUCUGGGACUGA